CAUUUUCUGCGUCUGCGUGUAAAUUUGAAAAUUUCGCCAACUGGAAAGAGAGGGAGCAGCAGGAAUAACUCGCUAACUAGAACAAAGAAAACAUCGCCAGAGUCAUGGGACGAUCAAAGAGGACAACCAAACAACGUAAAAACCCCAAAUUGGACAAAUUGGAGGCUUUUCUCGAAGAUUUCGACAGUGAGGUUAAAACCGUAGUUGAAAGGCUGAAGGAGAAGACAAACAGCCUCCUGAAAGAUGCAGACAACUUCUACAACAUGGCUGUGAUCAAGCUGCCAAAGACAGUGAGACAGAUGAACUGGCUUGAGCAUUGUGGGUCAGAGAAACCAAAGUCACCCGUGUCACCAGUGGAGGAUGCCAAGAAAGUAGAGGAGGCUGCCCAAGUGGAGAGCGUUAUGGCUGAAGUCCAUACUAUUCCCCCCAAGACUGUUAAAAAAGCAACGUUGAAAAGGGGUGGAGCCAGAACAAGUUCAGAGGAUGCGGAGAACACUAUUACGGCCACAGGGAAGAAGGGUAAAUCAACUAGGAAACCUCCAACGUCGAAGAGAGGCAAAGCACUGUCAGUCAGCAAGCGGAACUCGUCCAUCAGAAAGUCCAGUAGGAAGCCACUGGUCACUCCUUCCAGGAACAUGUUGGACAGUUCCCUCAUGGGCCCUACCCCUCUCAUCACACCACGCUUCGACUCCAGGCUUCCCAAGACACCAGCGGUGAGGAUACCCCGCCACAAGGAGAGGGUUUACAGUAUCUCGGUCAACGGCUCCCCCAUCUCAGGAGGCGGUAAUGAUAUCGUCAUCAAUGUCCCUGUGGGUAAUGGAGAGUGCAUUCAGCUGCUGGCCAGUCAGAUGGACACUGUGGACCUGGGACAGCUGGAUGAGACAGCCAUGAGGAGCAUCCGUCUGCUUCAGAACCGCCUCACAACACUGUGUGAGUCCUCCGAAUGACCUCUUCACCUUCUGGCUUUUUUUUUGUACAAGAACCACCCCACCCCCCCAAAAAAUGUCUCUGUAUAUUUCUCUUUUAAUAGAUAGUUAAUAGCUGUCAAGUCUGCUUUUGUGUAGUUAUCUUAGCACUCUUUAUUGUUAUGGUUUAAAUGUUUUAAAAUGGAUGCCAAGCACGCGAGACUAAACUUGGAACAGGCUAUUUUUCAGGGAUGCAGUCUUCCAUAUAAAAUGUCAAGAUUUAAUGAUAAACCAUAACUACACUUCCCCUCAAAUAGUCUAACAUGUUUGAAAGUUACUUGUGUGCCCUGUGAGUGAAAGCGAAGGAUAUGCUGCAUGCUUUCUUCUCAUCAAUAACACUUUGUCUGCCCUCUUGUGGUUGAGGUGUGCCAGUUCAACUUGUACUGUACCGUGUGGAUGAGGAAAUGUUCGCGGUCCAUGCAUUUUAGAUUUAUUCAGUGAAAUUUGACAAUACUUUUGUUUUUAAUGUAAAUAUGCCAUUUUGUUUACUUUUCUCAAAGUAAACUCUUUCAACUCUC